GAUUGGAUCGGCCUCACAUUCGCGUUCUCGGCUUGCGAUUAAUUCACUGAUACGUGCCGUUUCAUCCGUUCUCACGGUCGAUCUCGACGAUCUUUGCAGACGUGAAUCGCAAACGAGAUCUCUCGGAGUUCGACAGUGGAUGUAAAUUUGUCGGUUGCCAAAUCAAUCGAGAUCGAUACGCGUCGCGGACGAACAUUAGCAUAAGGAAGGCACGAUGACACGGCGUUUUAAAUGAAUGUUGCAUCCUAAAUGAGUAACAAAUUUCCUGACAUCGUGCAAAAGCAUUGCUCGCUCGCGCGACACUAAAAUGUGACUCGUUGGUGACGACUGUGCGCGCGAUGGUAGUAGUGGUGCAGUGAUUUUUCGUGACGUUGCUGCCGAUUCCGACCACGUGACCAUAUGCGAUGCGGCGGCACUGUCGUUUCAUGAUCAUCAGAUUUUACUCGCAUCGAUAGGACACUUUUGUAACGUUGGACUUGCGCGGAUUUCUCGUUGGAUGACCGUGAGUUUCCUGGUGAGUGCAUCCUCACAUACAUGGAGUUUCAGUUGGAUAGCGCAGAAUACUGCCAGGCUCAACACAAAUAGAGAGACACGCCCAUACUCGUGCGACGAUCACAGCGGAUAUAGGUUUAGGUGGGAGCGAGGCUCAGAAAAAGAAGAGUGAAAACAUCUCGGAGAGUGGAAAAAAAAGGAAAAGGAAGACAACUCUGGAGAGAGUGAAGAAAUCGCAUCAACGGGAGGAGCCGAAAACGGAGAAGAAAAGAUCAUUAACUAGUCAAGACAUAGGAGAAUUUUUACUAGAAACAAUUAUUAAUUUACAUUAGUAGAUGCAAGCGUGUAGUUACUGAGCGCACCUGUCACACGGGAGCACCCAGUGCCAAAUAGGUAAUCUUCCGAAUCGUAAUUGAAAGGUCUCACAAGUGGGAAGAGCAUAAAAAAGCGCAUAUCAACGCCGCCUAAUGUAACGUAGCCCUUAAUUCUUUCGGCGAAGUUCGCACUCCGAUAAACCCUUCCCCCAAGGUCUCCAUGUGUAAACCCGCGGUUCUGUCCUCUGUAAAAAAAAUAAGAUAUAUUCUAUAUUAGUUAAAUGAGAGAUGAUCUUAUAAGACUGACAUUUAAUGGGCUAAGUUGUCGAAUCCAGCCUUUGUCGCUUCGUAUAGUGUGGCACGCACGACGUAGAAGACUCUGAGAGACAAGAGAGAUUGCAGGAUUUAUCUACCAAGAGUUAAAAACACCAGAAGAGGAUAGAGGUAUAUAUCUGAUCCAUCUCUGUGAGGUUCAGGAGGAGAUGAGCAACAUGAGGGUGAAGGAUAUCAGACCGGCGCCUGCCGAGAUUGAGUAUAAAAAAAUGAAGUUCCUUAUUACCGAUCGGCCCAAUGAUCAAACCAUCCAUACCUUUAUUCAAGAACUGAAGAAGCAUAAUGUCAAGGAGGUGGUAAGAGUCUGCGAACCAACAUACAAGGUUGAGGAACUCAAAUCCGAGGGAAUUAAUGUGAUAGAUUUGGUUUUCGAUGACGGUACAUUUCCACCAAACGAGGUGGUGGACGAGUGGUUCGAGUUACUGAAAAAUCGUUUCCGAGAAUCGCCCGAUGCGUGCGUAGCGGUGCAUUGCGUUGCGGGACUCGGUCGAGCGCCAGUCUUGGUCGCGAUAGCCCUCAUCGAGCUCGGACUCAAGUUCGAAGACGCCGUCGCUCUUAUCAGAGAGAAAAGACGAGGCGCCAUUAACGCAAAGCAGUUAACUUUUCUCGAAAAAUAUCGUCCAAAGUCUCGAUUAAAGCUCAAGAAUGGACAAAAGAAUUCUUGUUGCGUUCAAUAGAUUGAAUUUUUUCGAAAAGGAAAUAAAAAGAAGUCAAGAUGGAAAAAAAUCACACUAAUUCACACCGAUCGGUAUAAGUAUAGGUUUCUGCGCCUGCCGCCUGACGACACAUUGUAAUCUGUAAUGAAUGGCCUAUCAAUGGAAAUGCAACAGUGAUAAAUAUCGAUCAACUUUGAAACAUUAUCUAUUCUCAACAAGACAUUAGCGAGACCGAGCGCUUCAAAUUGCUCUCGUUUCUUUUGUGUUUUAUGAAAUUCUUGUACUUAUUUUGAUACUUUAUCAAUAUUGAUAUCGUAAUAAAAGGAAAGCCAAGACUUCCGAAAUGAGAUAAAAGAGCUAUUUUUAAAACACUUAGCAAUCGGCUAUAUACAAUUGCCAUUCAGCCUUACUCAUUUAUAAUCAUGACACGAGCUUUAUACUCGUACACAUCGUCUAAUGUAUUAUUUUAUCUCGAUACCAGAGACAAAACUGGUUUUUAAACAAUCGCAAUUGAAAAUGAAAAUUGAACAUGACAUGUUUAAUUCGAUCCAAGAAUCGUAAGAGAAAAUUGUAAUUAUAAUUAAUCGAAUAUACACACGCGCAGUACAUUAUCGAUUUGUUAUCGACUCGUGUGGAUAAUUGCGUUUGCGACAAAUGUAUAGGGAAAAAAUAUAUAUAUAUAUAUAUAUAUAUAUGUGCAAGUAUUCUUAGAACUUUUGGAUUUUUAAUAGAUAAUUUGGAAAUUACCAAAGUGGCGUUGUACAAUGGCAAAUUAUACUUUGAGAUAUUAAGGGAACAAUAAAUUGCAACAAAGUACACCGCUUCACAAAAAUAUGUAAACGUACGAAGAAAAAUAUUCAAAAUUAACAUGCAUCUAAUCUGACGUUUCUUUCUUUAAAAUAAAAGAAAUAAAAAAAAACAAACAAUAUAUUGAAGCCGUCUGCCUUAAAUAAUAAACGUACCACUCUUUAGACAAGUUUUGUAUGCAUCUUUUCACGUCACACGUCGCGUCUAUGGAAUAAGAAGGAGAUAGUGUGCGUGUAUUUCUGUCAAACGGAUUGUCCAUUUUGAUAUAAUGUAUUAGUAACGGUUCGCAAGAAGCGUGAAAUUUCAAGUGGUGCUCGAGGUCGGUUAUCUGCAGGAUAUAUAUGAUACAUCGUGAUAAAAAAUGAUCACUUUUAUAUAAUAACGGAGUACACUGUAUGCUAACAAAUAUCACAAUCGCGAACAAUUGAGUGGCAAUUUAGUUUUCGUCGUCAUUAUAGAAUAUUAUGUACAAUAUUAAGAUUAAUUUUAGCUAAUAAAGCGUCGUUAGGAAGGAACAAUAGGAUGGAUCGCAUAAUUUGCCAGAAAUUUCACGUGUGAAGCGUGCAAAGCAUUUAAGAAUCGUUGAAAGAUCGAGAUUGUGAAGAAUUAAACCUGUAAAGGUACAACUUUACAAGAGAGAAAACAAGUAAAAUAUAUUGCGUUGCAUUUCCAAUGGCAUGCCGAACCGCCGAUGGAUGUUGUUAACUCUUAUUGAACAUGAAAUCUGCGUAAACUUGCGAAUGACGGAUAACUACUGACGGGAAACUAAACGCAAAGUAAAGUCACUCCAGAGCUGUAUAUCACGUUUAUUGUAGCUCAAGGACAAUUUCACCAAAAUCCUUUGCAUAUCCAACUUUAGUGAAGAAAAUAGAUUUUUCAAUCUAAUACACGAGCAUCUCUUUUUGCAUAAAGUGUCGCGCAUUGUCGUCUUCUAUUUUGGUAAAAUUGUCAGUGAUGCUGUACGCCACACUAAACUGUGUUCAAAGGAUAUAAAGCGAAAAGAAUCCACUCGUAAAAUAAUAACGAAUAUUAAUACUUAGAAUAUUUCACGGCGUGUCUGCUGAUUUCACGUGAAUGUACGUUGUUUCAUACUCGUGACCGCUGUCUUUCCGCUUUCUUCACCGUCCCGCUCGAUCGCAAGCAGCAAUUGUUGUAUAAACAAACUCCGUUACGAACGGUCAAUCGAGCCCGAGUUUAAUCGAGUUUCAAUCGCGCAAUUGUCGUAUCACUCGAACGCGACAAUAAUUAUUAUUACACGCGAUAUAUCAUGUGCUUGUUAAUCGCGCGCUUGUUAAUCCCCUUUUAUUCCAUAACGACAACACGCAGCAUGAUACGAGAGCAUCGAUACGAAUAUGUACGAUCGAUCUGCUAAUCGAUCGCGCGACAAACGCGAUGACGAGGUGUUUAUCAUUUUUCUUCACGCGUUAUUUCAGGUACAUUCACCACGUGAUCGCAGACUCGGAUUGAAAUCACAAUCUGGUACAUCUCUUCUUUUUUCUAAUAUCGAAAACUGCAAUAUUUUUUACCAGAGGAUGGAACGAGGGAUAUUCGUAAAAACAACAACAAUUCAAUCUUAGACGCAAAAGUACGUUAUCGUUUCUAUUGUUUAAUCCUAGUUCAAUUGCAAUAGUAGAAAUCGGACAUGUCUUUUCGUUUUUCUUUCGAGAGACACACACAUCAGGAAGGUAUUCGUGACGAAUGAUAAGUGCAUCUUUGAAAAAGAGUUACCAGGAUAAUUUUCAUUAUUUAAUCAUUACUUUUCUGCAUAUCGAUUCACUUCUUCAAAGAGAAUAAUUGUUGAACAACACAAGAAAUGUCUUUUUUAUAUAUAUAUAUAUAUAUAUAUAUAUAUAUAUAUAUAUCUGUGAUACAAUUUUUCUUAUGUGCAUGAAAAAAGAAACAUAGACUGAAAAGUAGGAUAGAAGGAGGCGGAAAAUCGGGAUUGUUGAAACUGUGAUGCUAACCGUAACACUAAUAGUUUUCCAUUAUGCACGAUCCGCAGUUUUAUUUGAAAAAGAAAAGAUUGAUCUGUUUAAGCACAGGUUAAUGUUUGCGAAAAUUAUUCCGCAGUGCAAUAAUGUAAAAGCUGUGUAAUGUAACAGCUGAAAUGUGGAAUAUAGUUUACUUCUCGAAGAAAUGAAUCGAAUUGCUAUAAAUAACACAAAUGCAAUUGUAGUUAAAGUAAAUUUUUUAAUAGUGCUAUUUAAUGUGAAUCCAAAUAAUACAAUGGUCUUUUGUAUCGAUGAAAACUUGUUGCGUUUGAUUACAUGUCUAAUGUGAAUAUUCAAAGAACAAGAAACAAUUUAGAUAGAGCAAAGAAAAAAAUUCUCUAUUUUAAACCGACGGAUAAUAAAAUAAAGAAAACAAAUACUUUCUGCAAGUUUCAAGCAACAAAUAAAAGUGACGAGAGUUAGCGCAAUUUAAACCAAUUAUUUAAUUUCUAAAUAUAAUUUUCAAUCCGUUCUUUUUAUUGCUUUUGACUAAAUUAAGAAGGAAAAAGUAAAGGCUAGGCUGUAACACAUUAAUGAUGAAAUAAAAAAAAAUGAAAGUUGUUUUGUGAAAAAAAGGAAAAACGAUGUUUUAUAUAAUGAUUCUUUAUACUUUGAUGUGUAUUGUAAAAAUAAAGUUUCUACCUUUAUUCCAGAGGAAUGCUAUAUGUA